AUGUCGAUGUUUAGAAAACCCUCGGAGAUCUCAUCGUCGUCCAGUUCAGAUGAGGAGGUCCAGGAGCUUCAUGUCUCGGGCCCUCGUCCUGAGGUCCGCUCUAAGCAGCGGCAUCAGCCGAAGAAGAAGGGUGUUUUGUCGCCUACGUCAGUAGGAGACAGCACUGAUUUUGAUGGUCAUGGAAAGAUGAUGACCGCUGCUCUUCUCGAGUUCUAUUGUCUCAGCCGAGCCGCGGACUUACUUAACGCGCAGCCAGGCUCCCACGGGCAGUACACGCGGGAUUCUCCCGAGGCUAUAGCUCUCGGGCAUGAUAUGUACACUCAUCAGUCGGAAGUCCUCUCCCAGCAUGGAAUUGUGAACGAAGGUGCAGAGAAGGAAGCCUUAAGGCCCACAAGACAGCUCUAUCGAGAUACGCUGGACUUGAUUGCUAGCCGUUCCUUUAACCGCCUCGACUUGCACGAUCGUCAACCUAGAUCAGCCUCUGUUGGGGACCGGGCCCCUUUGCCGAAGACCUCUAGUGAAUUGACACUCCAUAAAGGUCGUUCGGACUACGCGCAACUCCGACAAAAUGCCAAUUCUCUUGGUUCACUGCAGGAGCCCGACAUCGACCACCUAUUCAGCCCGCAUCUGGCUCCGUUUUUGGGUACGGAAUCCCGCUCAUCCCUUUUCGACGAUAUCACUAACUCGUGUGAUGAAGAGAUGUCGCGUUACGCGUUACAGUUCACGGAGAUCAGUGUUCUAGGUCGGGGCGCCUUUGGGGAGGUCUACCACGUCAAAAACCAUGUGGAUGAACACGACUAUGCGAUCAAGAAGAUACCUGUCAGUCGGCGACGAUUCGCGCAACUAGAAGGCGGAAACAAGCACCAUUUGGGAGAAAUCCUGAAAGAGAUCCGGACACUUGCCAAACUCGACCAUGCCAAUAUCGUCCGGUAUUAUGGCGCUUGGGCAGAGAAGGUAAAACCCCUUGAAUACCUUGGUCUUCGUAAACUCGAUCUUUCCCUGUUCAAGGCGUCGACUGAUACUGACUCGGAUUCCACACAACAGAACCUGUCACGCCAUUCUAUGGCGCCGCAGAUGUCGACGGCGGAGAGCCAGAACAAAAAACUGGCGAUCGUCUUUGAGGAGUCUGAAACUUCGGCUUCCGGCCAACCGCCGCUUACUUCUACAUCGAAGUUCACCUCUGGAGAGAGCACGGACGACGAAGACGACGACAUCUCGGCCGGCCCCUCGAUCUCCAACAAUAUCUCUCAGGACCAGUCUAGCUCGCUUGGCAGCGCGGAUGAAGAUAUCUUCACAGACGGCCUCAGUCACAACCCUUCGAGCAUGCAACUUCAACGCACCCGUGGAAGGGGUUUUGAAAUUCCUGCGGUGAUCUUGCAUAUCCAGAUGUCCAUGCAUCCGAUAUCUCUCCACGCAUAUCUUAACCCUCGACCCAGCACACAUGCAGAUGACUUGGGUAAGCCACGGCGUCGCCACUGCUUUCACUUGGUUCCCUCCUUGCAACUGAUGGUGGACAUUCUUUCCGGUGUGCUUUACCUGCAUUCAAAGGACAUCAUUCACCGCGAUCUCAAACCGGCCAACAUUUUCCUCUCUUGUCCGGAGAAACACCACACUCACACUUGUUGUCAUCCUUGUCAAUCUGACGGCGGGCCGGGACUUCAUUACUGCCAGCCUCGCAUCGGCGACUUCGGCCUCGUGGCUGACAUCUCGCAUCUGAACGAUCCUUCAUCUGACGGCUCGCCUCAGUCCUCAGAGAACGGCUCGAAAAUUCACCACAUCGUUGGUACAGAAUUCUAUCGUCCACCUCUCGACUCGAGCGGGAUGAUCUCAAGCGGGUAUGUCCACCAAUACGCCCAGGGGGUAGGGAUGGAGCAGCCCAUGCGAUAUGUCUGCGACUGGUCGCUUGACGUUUAUUCCUUGGGCAUCAUUCUUUUCGAGCUGCUUUAUCCUUUGAACACGAAGAUGGAGCGUCAUCUUGUGCUGGAUGCUUUGACCAGGGGCCCGUACAAGAAGCCGCCGACCGCAUCCAUCAACGGAGCAUGCCUUCCCAGAGACUUCAUGGACAAGGUUCACAUGGGCGAUGUGAAGUUGAAGAAUGGAAAUACGGUGGCUGAAACCUUGGCGAGCUGCAUUGGAGGUAUGCUGGAUCCCAACCCUCGUCAACGCUGGCGGUGUGAGGUCAUCCAGAAGUGCCUGCGAGAGAUCCUUGCCACUGUGCACCCGGACUCAUUUUGA